AUGCCUCCCCUCAAUCCUACCCUCACAACAACUUCAACUUCAACCUCAUCCACCCUCCCCCCUCCCUCCUCCAUCACCCUGAACCACAACCACCGCUCCACCUCCACCUCCCAUCCCGAUAAGCACCUGACCCCAAAGAGGAAUCCCACUCUUCUCCGCCGCAAAUCCACCAUCCACCACCUCCGCCACUGGCUCUCGCAGCACCUUCCCAACCCUUCUUCUCCAUCCCCAUCCCACCCCCCGAAACUUCUCUCCCGCUCCAAGUCCCUAAGAAAACCAACCUACCAUCGCUCCGCACCGCCUCCUCUCCAGCCCCAGAACCACCCCCAAACCCCCCAAGACCUACAACACAGCAAACCCGAAACUGACACCGACACCUUCUCCACGACCAUCUCCACCAGCAGCUCAAGGUCAUCCUCCCCGACCCCGUCCACCAAACACCUGAAUACAGAGUAUGAGGCGUACUGCCGGGCGUUUUCGUCGGGGUUGACGGCCGAGAGUUACGCCUACACUAACGGAUCUGCCCCGGUGAGGUAUGGAGACAAUCGAGGGGAUCAGGAUCAGGAUCAGCAUUACCUCGAUGCAGCAGCAGCUGCUGCUGCACGCGCAGCAAAAGCAAAUCCAGGCCUAGAGCCCAACACCACAACCACAACCAUCACGGAGAAACAAACCCACCUCCACGCGCAAACAGGGUCACAGGGCAGAAAUGCGGACGCAGACACGAACAUGGAGACUGCAUACGAAAACGCAAACACAAAUGCAGGUGCAAACGCAGCCCAGAUUCCAAUCCCUGCUUACAGCACCAGCGACCACCAACCAAACGGGGAAGUUGCAGCAGCAGCAGCGCAGCCCACCCGCUCCACCACACCAAGAACCACAACCAGAACCAGAAGAGAACGACCAUGGCGAAUCGACGAGAUCCGUCGACCGGAGGAUGUGCGGAUGUUGUCCGGGGGGUAUCAGCACCAUCACCAUCACCACCACCAAAAACAAGACCAAGACCACCGGGCUCAUCACUCGCAGGAUCGACACGAUCGACAGCACUAUGGGGAUAGGGAUAGCGAUGCUGAGCCCGAGGGGAACUCCAAGGGAGUAGAUCCUCCCCACGAUACCACCACCACCACCCCCGCCACCAUCACUGCCACUACAACCACCAACAUAACCCCGAAGAACCAUAACCACACCGGUACCCACAUCAAUAAUGCCGACAAAAGCAAAGACAUAGAAAUGUCCUACAACCACAACAACAACAACCACCACAACCCAGGUACUAACCACGAAACCAAUACCCUCAGUGCAAACCCUAACCCUCAUAUCACCACCACAACUACCACCGAUACUAAUACAAACAUCACUAACGAAACCACCACCACCACCACCACCACCACCACAAAACCAACCCCAGAAGAACCCCCAGCACCAGCAGCACCCAUCUUCCCCCUCACAACAGUCAACCCAACCAACCCAACCACUCAAACCCAAGAAAUCCUGCACUGGCUACGACACCGCUCCUCCCUUGACUCCCUUGACAGACAAGGUCAAGGGUUCGAGCAGCAUCGGUACCUCCACGAAGGAGACGAUACCGACCCGGACACCGACGCGGACACCAACACGGACCGACAGACAAACACCACAGCAUAUGCAGAUACACAUGCUGCCCCUGCCCACUGGCACCUCCAGCCACCCCGCCUCUCCCCGCCGCUCCGCGUCCUCACCCCGGCACGAUAUGAACAGCUCCGCAAACACACUACACAAAAUCAACCACCCCGAAAACAUUGGUGGGGGGCGGUGCAGAGCUAUUGGGCGCGAAUGCGGCCACGAAGCGAGGCGGCCAGGCGGGAGGCGAAGAGGGAAAAGCAGGAGGCCGACUGGUGA